UACAAUGUGCGAAGAAUAUAACAGUCUCUCGAUAACACCACAAAACCUGCCUCUUAAUAGACUCAGCUACUUUUCGUGGCUCUUUCUUGACACCGAUAGCGGACUUAAGAGAUAUCUUUGCAUCUUCAAUUUCAACUUUUUCCCAUGUAUUGCCUAUAGGCCUGCAUGUGACUUUGAACAUUGUAAAUAGCUCUUAAUCACCCAACAAGUGCUUCCUGCCCCAAAAGCUCUCCACUUCCUGUCCAUUAACUUCCAUCAGCAACACCCACAGUGAAGAGGAAAUGUGAGAAGUCUACUCCCACCCUGACUGGCACAUACAUGCACGCACACACACACACACACACACACACUGCAGACACACACACUGCAGACAGACACGCACAUACACACCCAUGCACACACAUGCACACACUGAAAACCAGCUGAGGGGUUAUAUAAGACCAAGGAAUGAACGUUUGGCAUGGGGUGUACCACAUGUGUGCAAGUGUGUUUAGAAGAGGGAAAAACAAAGCGCUGUUCCUGUGUGUAAGGUUUACAUGAAAGAGGGGAAGCAGGAAUGCGAGAGAGCAACCACAGGCGUGUGUUGGAGGGAAGAACCUGCGCAAUUGGAAAAGAGGCAAAGACAGGACAGGACAGGACAGGCCAGAGACACUUCUUCAAGAGUCUGAGACGCUCAGGACGAACAGAAAUUUAAAAUACAGCGACAGCACAGACGUUACUCUUACUCUUCAUUGCAGAGCACACAAAAUUGCUGGCCUGGACUUCAGGAGUCAUUGUAGGGUUAGAUGUAGUGAUCAACAAAAAGGCGUGGGUGACAGAAACUGUUGGAAAACAGGGAAGCAAAAGGGGGUAAAAGCCAAGGAGACACAGAAACAACGGGAAACGGGAGGAAAAAAACAGAGAGACAUUUGGAAUUUCAUUUGAAGUCGGAUAUUUCUGGGAAUAGAGAGCCAGCUGGUUUCCUCUCCCAAACAUCUGCAGUGUAAGAACAAAUGGCAAUGGCUGUGCAUCGCUCAGCCCCAACACUAGUGCUUGUGCUCUUUCUCUGCACUCUUCCAUUGACCACUUCCCAGUCUGAACCGCCUUGUGGGGCGACAAGGGCUCGCUCCUUCCAUUUGGACAACUGCAGCGAGGUACCUCCAGAGGAGGAAAAACAACUGAGGUCCAACACAACAACCGUGUUGCUGCCCAGCCUGUACCUGGUGGCCUUGGUGGUGGGUCUGCCGUCCAACCUGUUGGCCCUGUGGGUGCUGUUGUUCCGCACCAAGAAGCAGCCCUCCACCAUCCUGCUCAUCAACCUGACCACCUGUGACCUGUUGUUGCUGGUUGUUCUGCCCUUCCGCAUCGCCUACCACUUCCAGGGCAACAACUGGACGCUGGGUGAGCCCUUCUGUCGUCUGGUGAUGGCACUCUUCUAUGGGAACAUGUACGGGUCCAUAAUGUGCCUCGCCCUAAUAGCGUUUGACCGAUACCUGGCACUUGUUCACCCAUUUAGCGGCAUGAUGCUACGCGGCUUUCGACUGUCAGUGUACAUGAGCGUGGCUGUGUGGUCUGUGGUGCUAGCAGCUAUGGUGCCCCUGUUAGCCACACGCCAGGCGUACCUUGUGAGGAACCUCGAAAUCAUUACCUGCCAUGAUGCGCUACCCAUAGACACACAGCGCAGCUUCUUCCUGCCGUACUUUGCCAGCCUCUUCAGCAUUUGCUUCGUGCUGCCGUUGGCGGUGGUGGUCUUCUGCUACUGCUGCGUUCUGUACACGCUGAUAAAAGCCGGCGAGCGCUACAACCACGCAGCAAAGGUCACCGUGCUGGUGAUGGUGGUGUGUCUGGUGUGUCUCCUUCCCAGCAACGUGCUGCUGAUAACCCACAACUACAACCUGCUGAAGGAGGGCAAGGAGACUGUGGACAACCUCUACAUGCCCUACAUGUUAAUGCUGGCCCUCAGCACCUUCAACAGCUGCCUGGACCCCUUCAUCUUCUACUAUGUGUCAGAUGAGUUUCGGGAGAAGGCGCUGCAGGUGUUGUGCUGUAGAAAGUCCAUCAAGGAGCCCAUUUCCAGUCAGAAGGAGACAAGCUCGACAUCCAUGUCGUCAAGGUCAAAAGUGACACUGGGGACCACCUCUGGCCAGGCGUCGGCACCGACUGAGGCGAGCUGCCUGAAAUCAGAAGUGGUUUGAAGUGUGAGCCCAAAGAAUGAAGCUGUUCGCUUCUGGACUUCUUCUUUGAGUUUGAAGACAUCUAGAGCUUUGCCAGUUCUAGUCAGGCAAGCUAAGCUGCUUUGAUGAGGAGUGAAACAACUUCAAGCGCAAUGGAGAAGUACAGUUUCUUUCAGCUAAACUCUCUGAAUAUCAUGACCUGGAUGAAUGAGAAUCUUCACAGACAGUCUGAGUGUGCGGUUAGCUGUGAAGGAGACUAGACUACAACAGCCAUUUGACCAUCUGACUUCCAGACUUGGAAACCUCAGAACUUUUGUUAUUGUCAUUACAGACUUCCUUGUACAAUGAAACAAAUGGGGUUCAACAAAAUGGAGAUGAAGUCUAUUCGAUGUGUUCAGAGAGUGUACAUGCAAUAACUGCAAGAUGUCCUCACUGCCUAUCCUCAGUGGCUAUAUGGAGCAAAGAGAUGUUUACAGUAUAUGCAGUAUUAUGAUGAGUAUACAGUAUUAUGAUUAUAGGAAGAUAGCAGGCCGGUUUUAUAUUUGCAAUGCAUGCAGUUUUGUUCAGCCACUUGUGGAGUUAAUAUGGUGAACUGAGAACUACUGUAAUAGACGUAAAGGUCAACAUGCCUUGAACUGAAAGGUCAGCAUUAUUUUCACAUUUACACAUUUACGGACCAAUCGUAUACAGUGCAACAAAGGUGGGGUCAAAAUGUCAGAAUUAAUACAAUGAUCAGGAUCUGUGUUGUCCUAUUGGUAAUUGUGGAUGAAUUUUGUUGGAACUGACUUUAAUGACCAUUUUAAUGUAAUACUGUAUACCUGCUAUAUAUCUGCAAUGUAAUAUACAACAAAGAACAGUCUAAAGGGCCGUACACACGUCGCUGCUAUUUACUCGCUACUUGCUCACUCGCCUACUUGCCACUCGCUCUGGGUGAUUUUGUUUACUGGUUGUCAUGGUUCCUGCUGUCCGCGCCAAUAACGUCCGUACGAAACAAAAUGUAGGCCUACGCUGUUUAACGUUGAUCGUGUGCUGUGCACAACCAUGCAUAUGAGCCUUUGAUGGUGUACACUGUAUGCAUUUUACUCAACACUUUUAACCAAAGUGUGAUGGCGACGUGCAGAAGUUGGGUGGUCAGAACACCACAGGGGCAACGUCACCUGUCAAUAAUCUGUAUUCUGCAUUCCAAUUGGUUACUCGCUUAACUCGCAUCGCUUGUACUCUCCUCGCCUACUCGCCAGCGAGACUCGCUGGAACACGUAGAC